AUGGGUCAGCGAGAGAGAGCGGACGGUAUGAGCCACCAGACGUGGCGAUUCCUUGGCCGUCCGCUGGGGGUUUUCCCACCGUCCAUUGCUCUUUUCCUUUCCCCUUUAAUUUUUUCCGGCAUCGCAGCUGUAAUGCAUGAUUUCCAAGAAGGCGGUCUCUCGAAACUGGAAGAAAUGGUUUGCGAUGCUGGAAUUCCACUGAUCGAUCUCGCUCCAUUUUUCCAGGCCGAGGCUCCCGAGGUCUUGGAGCUCCGACGCCAGAGGAUAGGAGAGAUUGGAAAUGCCUGCGAGGAGUGGGGAUUCUUCCAGGUCCAGAACCACGGCCUGGAUAGCAAGCUCAUUACCGAUUCCUUGAAAGUUUCCAGCGAGUUUUUCGAUCUUCCGCUGGAGGAGAAGAGGAAGCUCUCGCUGCCGGCUGGAGUUUCGCCUGUCCCGAUUGGAUUUUGCUGUGAUAGUGGCCUGGAUGACAAGGUGGAGAACAAGGAACAUAUGUUCUUCUUUGCCGAGGAUGGGAAGAAGGCGACCAAAAAUGGUGGUAGCUACGCUCAAUACAAUGUCUGGCCUGACACUCCAGCGAGCUACAAGCCUAUUAUCAAGGACAGGCUUCUCAAGGAGACCCAAACAACCGCAAUCUUCUUGCUGAGCCUCAUCUCCCAGAGCCUGGGCCUUUCAAAGGACUUCCUUUAUGAGCACUACGAGGACAAACUCAACGCUUUGAUAAUGCUCCACUAUCCCCCGUCUCACUCCACCGACGAGAUCGGCCUGUCCAAGCACCAGGACGGGAACAUCCUCAGCGUUGUCGCACAGAGCGAGGUGGAAGGCCUCCAAAUCCUCAAGGAUGAUAAGUGGAUCACCAUCCAGCCGCGACCAAACUGCCUUGUUGUCAACGUUGGUGAUAUAGUCCAGGUGUGGAGCAACGAUCGCUACAAGAGUGUCUUACACCGCGUAAUCAACAACAAGGCAGGGACUCGCUACUCUUUUUCUUUUUCGUGCGUUCCCGGAGUCACCACUCAAGUAUGCCCACUGCCGCAGUUCACUGCAGGUGUCAACGAGCCGCCCAAGUACCGAGAGUUUCGAUACGGCGAAUACAUGAUGUUCAGAUUCGAAAACAAGAAGGUUGGAGGUCCCAACUCAGAGGAAAUCACCAUCAAAUACUACGCAAUAUAAAAGAAAAGAGUAAGAAAGCGGUUUCUAAUUACUAAGUUUAAGAAAAGUUGACAGCUGGGAAUGUUCUAAAUCGGACAUGACAUAAGAAAACGUU